UCCCCAACGCCAUUCCGAUGCCCGACUGAUCCUCUCCUGUCCUACUGACCUUGUCGCACCCUCAUCAUGAACUCCAAGUCCUUGCGUCGUCUCGCCUCCGACCAUGCAACCCUACACUCAAACCUCCCGCCCAACUACCUCUUUCCCGCAAAUGCCGAUUCGGAUGACUUGACACAACUCGAUAUCCUUCUCGCCGGUCCCGAGGGCACGCCGUAUUCCGCCGGCCUCUAUAAACUGCACCUUGAGAUUCCCAGCAACUACCCGACCGCACCACCCACCGCCCACUUCCGUACCCGAAUAUGGCACCCGAACGUCGAGGAAGCGACCGGCGCUGUUUGCGUCGACACUUUGAAGCGUGACUGGCAAUCUACACUCACAUUGCGCCAUGUUCUUGUCACAAUCUCCUGUCUGUUGAUCCAACCAAACCCGGCGAGUGCACUGAACGCUGAGGCCGGCGCACUGCUGCAGGAAGAUUGGAAUGCCUUUGUUAGACGCGCCAAACUUAUGACCGGGAUCCAUGCACAAGUGCCGAGGGACUUAAGGACGGCGGUCGACGAGGCGAAAGUGAGAGGUGAAGAUAGGGUUCCGCCAAAGGAAGACAACGAAAAAAAGGCAGACGUUACCAAAAGCGCAGUGAGGACCAACACUAAGGGAAAGGGCAAAAUGGCAGUUGAGAAGGUUGUUGCACAGGAAGAAGAGAAUCAAGAGCUCGCCAGGACCGUGUCUGAAGACUGGAUACCCGCGCCUGCCUUCGUGACACCCAUUGGGACGAAUGCCUAUGGUCCACGGCCGAUGGUAACGAACUCGCACGGUACAGAAGGGAUGGAAGUCGACGGCGCGGCAGCACAAAUUCCAAGCACGCCGUUAGCAAGCAUUCAAGCCCCAGGCGCAUCAUUCAAUGCUUCCAUGACAGGCUCAGUCCACACACCGGUCUUCGCGCAACAAGCUUGCUAUCAAACACCCCAGCGCAUCCCUAACCCAACUAUACCAGCGGAGCGUCCAUUAUCAAGGUCUUCUUCACAAAGCUCUGCUUCCUCCCACACUGUAGCUGAUACCACCGAUUGGGCGCUACGCCAAGCACCCUACGGAAAGUUCUCAGCUGAAGACGCACGGAGACAACGGCAUGAGAACCGGCGCCUGAAGGCCGCUGGAUAUUGCUUGAAGCGGUAUAACCGCGGUGCUUUUGGGCCCCGUACAGGCCUCAGGCGCCUCUAAUAGUGGCAUGAAUUCACACGAUAUGGGUUCUUUUCGGCGUCGUUUUCGGGUUCAGAGUACGGUUACAUCACGGGUGGAUAAGCUGCAUAGCGUUGGCGCACUGGGUAAUGGGAUGGGUGUUUCAUUGUUUGGAUCGUGGAAUCAAGUUCGUUUUGGCAGCCUGCGACGCAUGUGCCGAAGAUAGGGCAUCUGCCCUCUAUGUGAGCGACUUCCUCCUGCUCCUGCUCCACGAGGGGCCGCACUUGCCAAGACAGCGCUGGCAGGCGUGGUCAUAAGCUGUCGUUCAC